AUGUCGCACCUCACGUUACCUCCGUUCCCCUCCCAAUUCCUCUGCCCCGCUCACCCAUUUCUACAAACACCUCUACUACUAGGGUGUCUUAGUCCUCGUUCUCGCCCCACAAAAACCACCCCCACCCCGAUUCCCACCCUCACCCUCACCCCCACCGCCGCGCGGAGCAUCAUGAGCAGCAAUAGCGCCGCGCUCCGGCGCCUCGGCUUCCGCGGCGUCGUCUUCGACAAGGACAACACACUCACCGCGCCCUACGCCCCCGCGCUCUGGCCCCCGCUCGUCCCCGCCCUCCGCCGCUGCCGCGACGCCUUCCCCCCCGGCGCACUGGCCGUCUUCAGCAACUCCAUCGGGCUCCGCCAGUUCGACCCCGACGGCUCCGAGGCUAACCUUCUCGAGGAGGCGAUCGGAGGGAUCCACGUUAUAAGGCAUGAGACUAAAAAGCCAGCUGGAACAGCUGCAGAAAUAGAAAAGUACUUUGGUUGUUCAGCCUCACAUCUUGUCAUGGUCGGAGAUCGACAUUUCACUGACAUUCUGUAUGGAAACAGAAAUGGCUUUCUUACUAUCUUAACAGAACCAUUAUGUCCUUCGGAGGAUCCUUUCAUUGUUAAGAUGGUCAGAAGAUUGGAAGGAUAUCUUGUCAGUCACUGGUACAAGAAAGGAUUGAAACCAAUCAAGAAAUUGCAGGUUUUGGCUGGUAACAAAAUUCGGAUGUGCUGCAACCAGUUUGACCUUGAUCUCUACAUGCUGUAGGAAAAGUCGAUGUUAGUGGAUAUACCUUCGACACUUCAAAUGUGUCAGAUUUUUUUAUUAUUUAAACUUGAAAUUGUAAUCUCAUGUAAGAGGUAGAUUCUUGUAAAAUUGGUUCCUACAUUUGUACAGCGGAUCCCUGACAAUGCAAUUAAAAAUAUCAGUGGAUAGUUCACUUUGUGGAAUGUCAAA